AAGUGGCUGCAAAGACUCGCCCAUUGUUGCGUAGCUUCUACUGGGGCCGAAAAGCAUUUCCUACGAGCUUCUGUCCGAACAUCCAGAGGAAGAAGAGCUGUGUUUAAAACCUGCAGCUGAUCUGUUUGGUGAAACAUAAAAAAGCAGCACUCGAGUGGAGAUGGUUGUGCAGAGACUGAUGCGUGCUGUCAUCAUGGGACCUCCGGGAUCAGGGAAAGGAACGGUGUCUGGCCGCAUUGCCAAAACUUUUGGGCUCAAACACAUCUCCAGUGGGGACAUUUUAAGAGCCAACAUUAAGGAAAAGACAGAGCUCGGCCUGUUGAUGAAGUCCUGCAUCGAUCAGGGACAGCUGGUCCCCGACGCCAUCAUGUCCCGCAUCAUCCUGAACGACCUGAGGAGGAUAGACCACAGCGGCUGGCUGCUUGAUGGAUUCCCUCGUACGGUGCCCCAGGCAGAGGCUCUUGAUAAUACCUACGUGAUCGAUACGGUCAUCAACCUCAACGUGCCUUUCCAGACCAUCAAAGAAAGACUGACUUCUCGUUGGACUCACAUUGCAAGUGGCAGAGUCUAUAACACAGAUUUCAACCCGCCUAAAGUUCCCGGUUUGGAUGAUGUGACGGGGGAGCCUCUGGUCCAGAGAGACGAUGACAAACCAGACACGGUCACACGAAGACUGAAGGGCUACGAAACCCAGACAGAACCCGUCUUAGAGUACUACAGGAGUAAAGGCGUGCUGGAGACCUUCACAGGGACGGAAACCGACAAGAUCUGGCCUCACGUCGAAGCGUUCCUCCACAGGAAAUUCUCCUCGCUCAGUCAAAGAGUCGCCUGAAGAGCCCGACAAUGAACGAGGCGGUCUGCGGUUUACCGAGAGGAGCCACUCUGUGCACCAGUUCAAGUGCCACGAGAUCCGGGUGGAUGUUUUGCAUCAAAGUUCUGCAUUUCAAACUGAAAAUCAGGCAAAUUUAGUUACGUCACAUAAAAACUACACGUUAACGGGAUUCCUUUUCGAUGCUUGUUGUAGCACUUCGUUCGUUGUAGUUUGGGGAAACUCAGGUGAGUGAAUAUCGACUGGCUCUUCCAUCCAUUUUGUGCCUUUUUUUAACGCCAGAUUACUGAAUCACGAGUUAAAAUUGGAAACGGGAGACUAUGAAGAUUGUAACCAGCUUUAGUUUUUAUCAUUUUAAUUCCCAAAAACCCUGAAUGGGCACGGACUUGAAACCUUUUUAAUAAUUACAGUAAACUUUUAUAAAUGUGUGCAUAAAUGCCUUCCAGGGACUGUUUUUAACGCUGCGAGUAGAUUCAUUAAAGGGAACCUGAUGUUUAUGCACACAAGUGCCUUUAGCUGCUUUUGAUGAAUAGCUUAAAAAAGUUAUUGUAAUAAAUAUUUUUAAUUCCAAGAGAUCCUCAUUAUGUGACAUGGUUCAACCACUAGCGAUGCCUCUUAAACACUCCUUUUUCCCAUUUGGACCAUCUGUCAAUUGUCUUAAUAAUAUUAAUAAUAAUAAAACUAUAUGAGCACAUACUUUGACAGAGUUUCUACAGUUGGAAAGUAUCAGUUUUUGCACAUUGCUGGACAUGU